AUCUAAAGAAUCAGCCAAUAUUAUCCAAGAAUCUUAAAGUAAGUGUCUUUUUGUAUGAAUUCUAAAUUCUAAAUGCUUUUUAUUAUGAUUUACUUUCUGUAAAUUUGUCUUAUGAGGAGAUAAUACCACUGUUCUUUACCUCUAGAUCUUAUUCAUGUGGUGUUGGGAACAGUCAAACUGUCAUGUGUCCUAAGCUUAAUUUUAGGGCCCCUUUACUUUAACUUUCAAUCAUUGUUGUAUAAUGCAUGUACUUCUUCUUAGAUCUUAUAUAAUAUAUAAUAAUAUUAUAUAAAAUAUUAUAAUAUUUGAUUGAAUUAAUAAACAAUUAAUAAUUAGUCUAAAGUUCAUGGAUCUGUCUUGAAGUUAGAUUAGCAUAGUACACUGUUUAAAAGUCUUUAACUUUUUCUUAAAGAAGCAUAGAUCUCUACAUUUAGAAGAUCAGAAGUUACCCAUGGCAUUAUAGCCUACUGGUAUCUUAGGGGUAUCCGGGUUCGAUUCCUAUAAAGGGGGUUUUCCCAGAUUUAUUUAUUGGGUUUCCUCCUGAAUUGGUGUAUAGGCAUUAUUGCCUAGUGGAGAUGGAUAUGAUCGGGUGGUUCUGCUGGUGGCACGAUAAUACUCCAGUGGUCCGUCAGUGAUCCAAAUUUGCCGUUCAAAAAAAAAAAAAAGAAGAUCAGAAGUUUUGUAGAAAAAGAAAAAAAACAAGAUCGAUUUCAGUUCGAAAAAGGUUAAGUUGUAUCGUACCGUUAUCUAUAGUUCAUCAGAACGCAAAUAUGAACCUUAAGCUCGGGGUAGAUGUAGCAGGGGCCCACAACCUUCUUCCGAAAGAUGGUCAUGGUUCAUCGAGUGCAUAUGUCGAGCUCUACUUUGAUGGUCAAAAGUACCGCACAACGGUCAAAGAGAAAGAUCUGGACCCCGUUUGGGACGAGAGUUUCUACUUCAACAUUUCCGACCCAUCCAUCCUCCCAAGUCUCACACUUGACGCCUUUGUGUACAACAACGUCAAAGGUACAAAUUCGAGGUCGUUUUUGGGUAAAGUUUCCAUAACGGGAACUUCAUUUGUCCCGUAUUCAGAUGCUGUUGUCUUGCACUAUCCUUUAGAGAAACGUGGAAUCUUUUCGCGUGUAAGAGGAGAGCUCGGGCUUAAAGUUUAUAUAACCGAUGACCCAACAAUAAAGUCUUCCGACCCGGUUGUUAACACGGCCGUUAAAAAAAGUGAACAGAGGCAUACUUUCCACCAUCUCCCACACCAGACGCAGGCUCCAGCCAACACUGCGGUUCCGGCAGCCCCACCGCCAAUGAUGCGAUACGGGUACGAGCAGAUAAAACCCAACCCGCCACCUCCGCCUCCAAAGCUUGUUAGAAUGUACUCGGAGUCUUCGUCGCAGCCCGUAGAUUACGCGCUUAAGGAGACGAGCCCGUAUCUAGGAGGCGGGAGGGUUGUUGGUGGGCGGGUUAUCCAUACCGAUAAAGCUUCUUCGACUUAUGAUCUUGUUGAAAAGAUGCAUUUCUUGUUUGUUCGGGUUGUGAAGGCCCGUGAUCUUCCUUCAAUGGAUAUAACCGGAAGUCUUGACCCGUAUGUUGAGGUUAGGAUCGGGAACUAUAAAGGUGUUACGAAGCAUAUCGAGAAAAACCAAAACCCGAUGUGGAAUAUUGUUUUCGCGUUCUCGAGGGAGAGGAUGCAAGCGUCUGUACUUGAAGUAGUGGUCAAAGAUAAAGAUCUGGUCAAAGAUGAUUUUGUUGGGUUCGUUAGGUUUGACCUCAACGAGGUUCCGUUGCGGGUCCCACCCGAUAGCCCGCUAGCACCGCAAUGGUACCGGCUCGAGGACAAGAAGGGUGAGCGGAUAAAGAGUGAACUCAUGUUGGCGGUCUGGAUCGGGACCCAAGCCGAUGAAGCGUUUCCUGACGCGUGGCACUCAGAUGCAGCCACACCGGUUGACAGUUCGGGUGCGGCAUCGGUUCUGAUACGGUCAAAAGUCUAUCAAGCACCGAGACUAUGGUAUGUUCGAGUCAAUGUGGUUGAGGCUCAGGACUUGGUUCCAAUGGAUAAGACUCGGUUCCCUGAGACGUAUGUGAAAGCUCACAUCGGGAACCAGGUUAUGAAGACGAAAACAGUCCAGGCCCGUUCGCUUAACCCGUUAUGGAACGAGGACCUGCUGUUUGUUGCUGCUGAGCCUUUUGAGGACCAUCUGAUUCUCACGGUUGAGGACCGUGUGGGUCCCGGGAAGGAUGAGAUUCUUGGGAGAGUGAUUAUACCUUUAAGCAUGAUUGAAAAACGGGCUGAUGAUCGGAUCAUCCAUUCUCGAUGGUUUAAUUUGGAAAAGCCCGUUGCUGUCGAUGUCGACCAGCUGAAAAAAGACAAGUUUUCUAUGAGAAUUCAUCUCAGGCUCUGUCUUGACGGUGGUUACCAUGUUCUUGACGAGUCAACUCACUAUAGUAGCGAUCUUCGACCAACUGCCAAACAGCUUUGGAAGCCGACAAUCGGGGUUUUGGAGCUCGGGAUUCUAAACGCUGUCGGGCUGCACCCGAUGAAAACCCGAGAUGGAAGAGGGACGUCUGAUACUUAUUGUGUCGCAAAAUACGGCCAUAAAUGGGUCAGGACCCGAACUAUAGUCGACAACCUGUGUCCAAAGUAUAACGAGCAGUAUACGUGGGAGGUUUUCGACACUGCCACGGUUCUCACCGUCGGUGUUUUCGAUAACAGUCAGCUCGGCGACAAGGGUUCCAACAAUAAAGAUUUAAGGGUCGGGAAAGUCAGGAUCCGUAUUUCGACCCUUGAAGCGGGUCGGGUUUAUACUCAUUCAUACCCGUUGCUCGUGUUAAACCCGAACGGAGUCAAGAAAAUGGGCGAGGUCCAUUUAGCGAUCUGUACCAACUUUGUCAACAUGUUGUACACUUAUUCACGCCCGUUGCUACCGAAAAUGCACUAUGUUCGCCCGUUUAGUGUCAUGCAACUCGACAUGUUACGCCACCAGGCGGUCCAGAUAGUGGCGGCUCGGCUUGGUCGUGCUGAGCCGCCACUACGGAAAGAGGUGGUGGAGUACAUGUCGGAUGUGGACUCGCACCUCUGGAGUAUGCGCCGGAGCAAAGCUAACUUUUUCCGGCUAAUGAUGAUUUUCGCACCGGUGUUCGCGGUGUCAAAGUGGUUCAACGACAUCUGUAUGUGGCGGAACCCGAUCACCACCGUCCUCGUUCACGUCCUCUUCAUCAUGCUCGUUUGCUUCCCGGAGCUGAUACUUCCAACCGUGUUCCUAUACAUGUUCUUGAUCGGCAUUUGGAACUUCCGGUACCGCCCACGUUACCCACCGCACAUGAACACAAAGAUUUCACAAGCCGAAGGGGUGCACCCUGACGAGCUCGACGAAGAAUUCGACACAUUCCCGACUAGCCGAAACCCGGACUUGGUCCGAAUGAGGUAUGACCGUUUGCGAAGCGUGGCUGGGAGAAUACAGACAGUGGUUGGGGACAUUGCGACGCAAGGGGAACGGAUGCAGUCGUUGCUGAGCUGGAGGGACCCGCGAGCGACUGCUAUAUUCGUGACGUUUUGUUUAGUUGCUGCGAUUGUGUUGUAUGUUACACCGUUUCAGGCGAUUGCGGGUCUGAUCGGGCUGUACAUGAUGAGGCAUCCGAGGUUUCGCCAUCGUUUGCCGUCUGUGCCGAUUAACUUCUUUAGAAGGUUGCCGGCUAGGACGGAUAGCAUGCUGUGAGUGAGGAAUGUUUCGUAGUUUACAAAUAAGAUAUGUUUUUUUCUUA